UAUAAACAUAAGAUAGUACUGGACGAGACACCACAAUUGCUGGAUCAAGUCUAAAAGUGGUCGGCGGGCAAAGUUCAAAGGGCCGUCGGGAUGGGAACCUUGUCAUUGAGCGAUUUCAAGGAGGUGAGAAUCCCAGCACCUUGGGGUCACAUCGCAGGUCGAUGGUAUGGUAACCGUACAGAGCGACCUAUUCUGGCAAUCCACGGAUGGCUGGACAAUCUGGGCACCUUUGAUCGCCUGAUUCCCCUGCUGCCGGAUUAUAUAGGAGUACUUUGCAUAGAUCUUCCCGGACAUGGAAGAUCGUCUCGCCUUCAGCCGGGUCUGCACUACAAUAUGUACGAUUUAAUUUACAUUAUUCCCCGGGUAAUGAAGGAGUACGGCUGGACAAAGGUCUCGCUGAUGGGUCACUCUUUGGGUGGCAUCUUAAGCUUCUUCUAUACAUCCCUGGCUCCAAACACGGUGGACAUGGUCAUAUCCUUGGAUAUUUUGUUGCCCAAGCCACUGGGAGAUCCCGGAAGGGCCCUUCUCCAGGUGGCCCAGGAAAUGGAUAAGCAUCUGGUGGAAGAGGAUCGGCAGGAGGAGGGCAAUUUGCACGAACCGCCCUCCUACACUCUCGCCCAGUUGACCAAAGUCCUGGCCAAAGGAAGCUACAAUUCUGUGACCCCCGAGUUUGCCAAACACCUGCUCCACCGCCAGGUGAAAAAUUCUCAACUUUACCCGGACAGAUUCUAUUUCUCCAGAGAUGGACGUGUCAAAUACUAUAACUCCAUGGCUCUAGAAAGCGGACUUGCAGCAGAAAUGGCCAGAAGGAUCCGAAGAAAGCCCUACUUGAUCAUUAAAGGAUCAAAGUCAGCAUAUGUGGGAAUUGAGUGUGAGGAGCCCAUGUCCAUUCUGCGUGAAAACAAUCCGCACUUUCAGUUCUAUGAGGUUGAAGGCGGUACCCAUCAUGUCCAUCUGCAUGCCGCCGAGGAGUGCGCCCGUUACAUAGUGCCCUUCAUCAGGCAUCAUCGACCUCCAAACUUGACUUCUUGGUCACUAACUGGAAAAGAGCAGCAACUUAGCUCGAAAGAAAAACGCAGGGUUCUGGAGAGAUUUUUUGAAAGAAGUAAAAACAAACGCAGCAAACUGUAAGAUACACUAAAUACUAAAGGGAUUACCUAUAUAAAUAUUGAUGUUUGUCCAUAAAAUCACUGUUUGAUCUCUUUAAAUAGUUUGGUUUCACUCUUAAUAGUUGAAAUUUUUAAGCAAAGCUAAAUACUUUAUAAAACAAUUUUUUUUUAAUCUUUAAAUUACACCGUGGCCCACGAAGAAAACCUAUAAAAAUACAGGAUUGAUAUUUUUCAAAUAUUUUUUAUUGAAUAGUCCAUUAAUCCGUUUCAGUUAUGGAAGACCACUUUAAACAACUUUUUUUUGCUGCUUUUGAAGGAAAUAAAAUUGCCAAAUAAAAUUUA